AAGACAAUAUUGCUUUAUUUUAGUAGUGAGAUAAGGUAUCAGUGCAACAAGAGGAAGCAAAGUCCAAGGCCGCGGCUGAGGACUCGGCUGUAUUCACGGCCUGAUCCGCCCUCGGUUCUUCCCUGGCACCAGCCGGUGAGGCCUCGCCGGAGCUGAGCAAAUGCCUCUGGUCCCGCUGGCUCUGCCGGCUCGGGCCGCGGCCCCUCCAAGAAUAGCUUCUCAGGGCCCCGUGCCCGCCUUGCCGCGGGUGGGAGCGGAGGGCGGGCCGGGCGCCGGGCCCUUGCCCGGGCGCAGGGCGGCCUGCAGGGCGGCCAUCUCCGCCGUCAGUUCCUCGCAGGCGGCGAUGCGGGCCCGUAGCUGUCGCUGCCGGGCCUCCAGCAGCCUCCGCAGCAGCCUCCGCGGGUCGUCCAGCGCCUGCGACAGCAGCCGGUCAGGGGCGGGGCAGAGCUCCACCCCCUCCCCGGCACGCACGGUGCGCCGGGGCUGCUCCGCCGCCUCCAUCUCAGCCCGCCUCGCCGUGGGAACGGCCCGCCCGCCGCGCACCAGAUGUGCGUCAUCGCGGCGGACCGGAAGCAGCUCGUGGAUGCUGAGCGCGCGGCUGGCAGGGCUGGCGCGGGCCGGGGACAGGGCCCCGGGAGCGGGCCUGGGGCUGGGCCGCGUCCGCAGCGCCUGCCUGCUGCUGCCGGCCCGGCCGGACCCGCACGGCUGGCAGGAGGCGGUGGCGACGGCCGCCGGUGCCCUGCAGGCGGGCGGGUUGGUGGCCGUGCCGACGGACACGGUGUACGGCGUGGCGUGUCUGGCCCAGGACUCCGGCGCCGUGCGGAGCAUCUACAGUCUGAAGGGGCGGAACGGGCGGAAGCCGCUGGCCAUCUGCCUUGGGGACGUGGACCGCCUCUACAGGUACUGCCAGGUGAACGUGCCGGACGAGCUGUUGCGGGACCUGCUCCCGGGACCUGUUACCUUGGUCUUAAAACGUUCAGAAGAGCUGAACAAAGACUUGAAUCCCUUCACAUCGCUGGUGGGAGUUCGCAUCCCAAACCACCCUUUCCUCAGGGAUCUGGCACGUGCCUGUGCUGGGCCCCUGGCUCUGACCAGUGCCAACUUCAGCUCCCAGGACAGCACCCUGACCGUGACGGAAUUCCAAGACCUGUGGCCUCACUUGUCCCUGAUAAUUGACGGGGGCCCGACUGGGGAUGUCCAGAGCCCGGAGAGUCGCUUGGGAUCGACUGUGGUUGACUUGUCUGUGUCGGGGAAGUUCACCAUCAUUCGUCCUGGCUGUGCCCUGGCCUCCACAGUGGGAAUCCUGCGGCAGAAGUAUGGCCUGACACCCACGUCCCUGUGAGACCUCGUGCUGGGAGGAGGCUCUGCAGGGCUGGGGGGUGGGCACCGUGUGCCUGUGUGUGCAGAAGGUGGGCCUUCCUGGCCUCCUUCAGUGAGGCCCGUGGGUUGCGUCAGAGUUUAACAACAAAGGAGAGAAGCAAAAAAAAAAAAAUUAAAAAUAGCAGUGCAGUAGUUGAUGGUAUUAAUUAGUGCCACGUAUGCUGUAGUCUAAGAGACCAACCCAGAUAUGUCUGCUGGCCUCUGUGUUGCUGCACCAUUCCCAAAUACCUGUUUUAUUAACUUGAUCAGGCUUUAAAUAAAGUAAAUAGAGCAUUAGCGUAUUGUCAGGGUGGGCUGGCAAAGACAGGGUCUGAUCCAACCCCCCUUAGCCCUUUCUCUGUGUGUUUCUUUAUUGUGUCUUAACUGAAAGAAAAGCAAAGAUGGAAAAGCAGUUUUUGAGCUUUUGUGGUGUCAGCUGUGGUGUCCUCUGGCUGUUUUUCUCUGUUCUGAAUGUAAUCAAACUUACCACUGAGAUGAAACUCUCAGUGCUUUUGAAAAUUAACGGUAUUCAAAUAGUCCCUGUCUAGACAAGAGCUGCUCAGAAAGACCUGGCUUUCUCUUCAUAUGCUGAUUUUUGACUUUUAAUGUGGGCUUCCCUCCCUUGGUGGUGUUCUGAAAACAGUGCUGAGCUGAAGUGAACAGGGAAUGAGUCAAAGUUUCCUCUGGUUUUUAUUCUUCAUUGAAAAGUAAAGUUUAUGGAGCUGGUAUGAAUAUAAAAACUGGUAAGCAACUUGCA